CAGACGCUCUCUGGCCUCGAGGCUGCGACGGUCCAAGUUCCAAGUGCGGAGUUGGGGGUCCGGAAAGAGGAGACUUAGGACGGCCGAGCAGGCAGGACAGACUGAUGGUGAAGCGGGCAGGAGGCCCAUCCCCGUGGUACACACCUUGACAUUUCUCAGGGUGCCAGGGCAGGAUGUACACGCUGCUUUCGGGGCUGUACAAGUACAUGUUCCAGAAGGACGAAUACUGCAUCCUGAUCCUGGGCCUGGACAAUGCUGGGAAGACAACCUUCUUGGAGCAAUCAAAGACGCGGUUUAACAAGAACUACAAGGGGAUGAGUCUAUCCAAAAUCACCACUACCGUGGGCCUAAACAUUGGCACUGUGGACGUGGAGAAGGCUCGUCUCAUGUUCUGGGACUUAGGUGGACAAGAAGAACUACAGUCUUUGUGGGACAAGUACUAUGCAGAGUGCCACGGCGUUAUUUAUGUCAUUGACUCCACUGAUGAAGAGAGACUAUCAGAGUCCAAAGAGGCAUUUGAGAAGGUGGUUUCGAGUGAAGCACUGGACGGUGUCCCCAUCCUGGUGUUGGCCAACAAGCAGGAUGUGGAGCAAAGGAGUUCGAGAGGGCAUCGAAUGGAUGGUGAAGUGUGUCGUGCGGAAUGUUCACCGGCCACCACGGCAGAGGGACAUCACAUAAGCACCAGCUUUGCAGUCUUGGAACUGUUCAUCCCCUGGUGUUGGAAGAGUGCCCCCUGCUGGCUCUGUGCCACUGAUGCUGGGCUUGAGCUGGCUUUGUUAAUUCUUUUAUUUGCUUUAUGUUUUCUCUAAGACAAACUUCUGUGUCUGGAAAAGUGUAGGUAUCCAGAGACAAAUGUAGGGUAUACAGGCCAUGCAGCUUUAUGUGCCCUGCCCCCACUCCACCCCAGAUCUGGGACCUUUCCAAACUAGUGAGGCCACUCCUAGGCUUGCCUGUUAGCCCAUUCCAAAGUGGAAUGGGAGGGCAUCCUGCUUGAAAUGGGGGUCUAUCUCUGGCAGCUGCUUUGUCCAGCUUGCCCAUGGAGAAGGUGGGAAUGGUCAGGGCUACUCUCACUUGCAGAAAGACCUAGCCCACAUCCCAGAAGCCAUCAUGGUCCCUAGUUUUGUUCGGAGUUGGGUGUGUAUGAGACAGGAUUUCUUUCUAACCCAUGUUAACCUGGAACACUUUGCCUCCUGCCCUGUACCUGUGGAAAUUAUAGGUGUGGGGCAUCAC